AUGACUGAAGGUGGAUAUAAGUACCAGAUCAAAGGGUGUGCAGUACAAGGUGGAUUUGCUCAAGUGUUUAAAGCAUAUGUUGACAACAAUCCAGAUGAUGUUGUUGCCCUUAAGCCUCCUUUUCCUUGGGAAUUCUACAUGUAUCGCCAACUUGACAUGCGGAUUUCAGAAAAAAAAAAAUUGCACCUCUAUUCUGACUACAGCAUUCUGGUCUCUGAUUAUUUAGUUCACGGGACACUUCAGGAUGCUAUAAAUUCUAAUACUGUCAUAGGUGGGUCUAUGGAAGAAGUUUUGUGUAUUUAUUAUACCAUAGAGCUGCUUCACAUUCUUGAAAUUCUGCACGAUAUUGCAAUUAUCCAUGGUGACUUCAAACCUGAUAAUUUGCUCAUCUGGUAUUCCAGGGAUGAUCUAACAGAAAGUAAAGAUGAUUUUCUCACGUGCAGUGGUCCUUGGCAUAAUCAGGGGCUUUGUCUUGUCGACUGGGGAAGAGGAAUUGAUCUUUGUUUUUUUCCUGAAAAGACCAAAUUCAUCGGAGACAGUAGAACUUUAGGCUUUCGUUGUAUUGAAAUGCAAGAAAAUAAGCCGUGGCGUGGACAUUUCAGGUGGACAUGUACGGGCUGUGUGUCAUUGUUCACAUGA